ACAGACCAAAGGAAAAGAGACGAGGAAACAAACAAAAUUUAUUUUCAUUUUUCUACUUUAACGUUUUUAUUUUCUAACUUUAGAUUAUUUUAUGAAAUACUGUGUAUAUUUAUUACUUAGGGAACCUGAUACCUCUUUGAUGUGCUAGUGCGUGGUUCUUGUUCAUCUCUUUCUCUCUCUCUAAGAAAAUAUUUUCUUCUGCCAAGAAAACCAUUUUUGAAAUAAUCAAUCCUGUAAAUUCUAAAGAUCCAAACUUAUAUUCUUGGAAACAGGUUUCAUUGGCUUUCGCAAAUUUGACACUAUAAGAGAUCUGAUGUUAUGAGGAAUAGCAGGGGUGUGAAUAGUAACAGUGGAACAAUCAAAUGUUCUUAUCCAUCAUCUACUGAUGAAGGCUCUCCAAAUGAUCUAUCUUCUUCUCAUUUCUUGCAUCUGGACAAGACUAGUGAUGAGUUAGGUCAAUCACAUCUUUCCACUUUCUCCAUCAGAGAUUAUGCAUUUAGUAACCGGACCAAGAACAUUCAUAAAAGCUGGCCUUUCUCCUCAACAAGUCUGCAACUUUGUUUGAAACAUGGCUUAAGUGAUCCAUUGCCACCUAUUCAGCCUCCUGAAGUUUCAUCAUCCAAGAAGCCAACCAAAACUCGAGUUGAAACCAUAAGCUGCAAGAGAAAGUUAGAAAGACUUGGCUCUAAUCAUCAUGCAUCAGCAGAGACGACUAAACAAGGCUUUGAGAAUGGUUCAAAAUCCAAAACACAAGUCACUAUGCUCAACAAGACUCCGAGAAAGAAGUGUGGGUUAGUAGUGAAACCUGGAGCUUGUGUGGAUAUUGCACCAAAAGAAGAUCAGGGUUGUCUCUUUUCGGCUUCAGAAUCUAUGGCUUUGAGAACUUGUCCCAUCUGCAAAACCUUCUCAUCUGCUUCUAACACCACUUUGAAUGCACAUAUCGAUCAGUGUCUGUCUGUUGACUCGGGUAAGCAGCCAGUUAGUAAGCCAAACAAGCCUAGGAACAACAAGCCACGGUUGAAAGUUAAAACGAUGGUUGAUAUCUACGCUUCUGCAAAAGGAUGCACACUGGAAGAACUUGAUAGAAGAAAUGGAACAAAGUGGGCUGUGAUCUCAAGCUACUCUAACCAGGUUGUCUCUGAUAAUAAUAAUAAGCCUGAAGUUUCCUACAAAGAGAAGAAGCUUGCUGCUGGCGUUGGACCUGUUUACAUUGAUGCUAAGGGCCAAAAACUUAGGAUUAUAUCUGAGGUUAAUGAGAAAGCUUCUUCUGGUCCAUCAAGAGAGCAUGAAACUGUCAAUGAGAAGAAAAAUGUUAGUGGAGGUAAAGGGAGUUACAGAAGCUGUAAGAAAAGACUUGAAGGCAAUGCUUCAGAGGUAAAACUUAUGCAUACAUUCUUGAUUUCUUGAAAUAAAAUAAAUAAUAAUUACAUUGUUUAACAAAGUCACUUGGUGUAACAGAUGUAUAGAAGAGGGUAUUCUGAAGAAUGUAGAGGCAUGGAGAGGUCAGAAACUCCAGGGACAAGUCAGCAUAGGAUGCUAAGGAAACAUAGUCUUUCAAGGAAUGGAAGUAAGAAAGACAGAGGCAUUUGUGAGAAUGGGCAUUCAUUGUCAGAAGAUCCUCUUGUGUUGAGAGGUCCAAGUCAUGUGAGUACUGAUUUAUCCGAGGCAGUUAACAGUCAAAGCUCAUGGAGAAGCUGUGGGGAGAGCCAAGGGAGAUUUGUGGCAAAUCCCUUGAGAUGUCCUAAACCUGUGGAUAAGGGAGUUAUGAAGUUAAAGAAAGCAUGGAGGUUUGAUGUUUCAGAGGAUGAAGAUGAAGAUUCAGGGAGAUGGGAGUCUGAGAUGACUCAAGAACGUGAACUGGCAGAUUAUGAUGAUUGGGAUGGGGAUAAGGUCUUUCUAAGCUCGAGUCCUUCAACUAGUGGUGAAAACAAUGAUACUGAUAGCUGGGAAGAGAGUGGUGACAACAAAGGAGAUGGUGAUGAUAUGUUGGAGAAAACAGAUGCUGAGUUUGAAAGCAUGGUUUACGAGACAACUGGUUUUGACACUGAAGAACCAGGAGGAAGCUCAUUCAUGGAGGUUGAUCCCAUUCCUAUUCCAGGACCUCCUGGAUCAUUUCUAGAGAGUCCUUGGGACAUGGGAACUGAUGCAACUGCAACCGAGAAUCAUGGAAACUUUUGCCAGGUCCAAACUUGCUAUAAUCAGCUUGAUCUGAUCACUGACAAGAACUUGUCAGAAUCACCUGUUUCAGCAGUUUCAAACUUUGCAGCUCCUGAAACGCAGACGUUUAGUCUAAGUAACAUCGUCACCACUGACAAUGAUCAGUCAUGUUGUUGCCAGAGAGAAGAGAAUGCUUUGGAAGAUACAACAUUUAGGCAACCACCACCACCACACAAUAUGAUCCAUCAAGAUCUUUUGAGUAAGUCUGCUCCUGCGCUUCCUUCAAACUCCGGUCCAGUGUUGCGGCUAAUGGGAAAGGAUUUGAUGGUUAUUAACCAAAGAGAAGAGACCUCACAUGAAAAUUCAAUUCCAAAACCAACUUCUCAGUUUCAAAAUCUCUCCAAGACACAACAACAAGUGUCUCCUUAUGCCCAUCUUCAUCGUCCUUAUGGUGGAAGUGGUUUGUAUUUCAACACCAGCGCAAGCUUUUACAACACUCCAUGACAUUUACUGAUCAACUCCAGCAGUUUCUUCCUAUCCUUGAAAGAUCUUAAAGAAGUUAUCUCCUCAACCAUUCAACCUCAAGAUUCCAUGAUUCUCUAAUUAAGAGGUUGAGAAGAAUCUCAAGAGGCUGCUAUGAAAAGAAUGGUGAGAUAUAAGUUCGCUUUGAAUCUACCUGUAAGCAUAUUGAGAAACGCCACUACGGUAAAUGACCCCACUUUUGUUCAAACUGGUUUCAAAAAGGGGUGAUAUAUAAAUAUAAAAUGUUUAUUAUUAUGUUAUGGAACCGCAUUUUGAAUAAAAAGUAUACAUGACUUAACAUCA